GGAGGGGGCAAACACACCCACACUGAGCCAUGUCUGACAUCGUCUCUGCACUCUGAAAAGAAGGAAGGAAUAACACAAAGCCAGCACACCACAGUGGAAGAAAAGAGGGUUACGGACGGAGGGAGGCGUGGAGACAAUACAUGCAAAUGAGCUGCAGAAUCACAAGAGUAGCAUCAGUAUUUGUCCACAAGGAAGACAAAAAAACACAUUGUGAGAAUGGAAUGAGAGAGCAGGCAGCCCUCAGUGACUGGUGCCGCUGAACACCAAUCUCUCAAUAUCUUGGCUUCCCUCCUGCAGCUUGGCACCCUCCAGGGAGGGAAGGGUGGAGGGUGGCAGCUUCCAGAGCUUUUUGAUUCAAGAUCUGUACGGAUAUGAGAGGAUUUGGACCACGCUGGUGCGGCUCUUCUCCCUGACCGAGGCGCCGUGCGUCUGCGACGUGGAGAGUCAUCUGCUUUGCUAGCUCCCCUCCCUGUUGUGUGCAGGCUAUGGUCCUGACUGAGAAGCAGGGCAUCACCCGGAUGCGGGGCUCUGACUGCAUGGGAGGAUAAAACCGUCGCACACGAGCCAUGGGCGCCAAACAGAUGAAAUGUCUCAGCUCAGCCAGCCCUGCUCACUCCCCCAAAGAGGAGUAUGUUGUUACCCGCUCCAGCGACACCCCUGAAGAGGAAACCAUACGCGAUCAGCCAGAGGACCGCAAGGGCCCCGGCGUUGACACAUCUGAGCUGACAGACAGGAACCAUGUCACAGAGGAGGUGUCCCUCUGUGGCUUGUGCCCCUCUCUUGGGCACGAUGUGAAAGAGGAAGAGAAGUCCUGGGAGGAGCAACUGGACGCCCACCAGGAGCAGCUGGAGAAGGAGAUGCAAGAAGCCAGGAGGAUGGUGUUCCGCCUUCAGGCUUUGCUCCUCAACGGCUCCCUCCCAGAGGAGGACCAAGAUGGAUCAGUGAGCUUUGGGGACAAUCGGGCUAACGCCGAGCAACAGCUGGUUCUAAUCCGCAGCCGCCUGGACCAAAGCACGGAAGAAACCCUUGAUCUCAAGCGGGAACUCCUGAGACACAAACAAGAGGCACGCCAAAUUCAGGCCAUCAAGGAUGCUCUGCAGCAGCGCCUGUCUGUGCAGGAGGAUGCGGUGCUGCAGCUCAAGCAGGAGCUACUGAGGAGCAACAUGGCCAAAGAUCAGCUUGAAGGGGAAAAUGGGGUGCUCAAAGACAAGCUGAGUGAGCGGAACAAAUUGCUCAGCGAAUAUGAGCAGCAACUUGGGAGGAAGGACAGAAUGAUGCAGCAGCAAAAGCUCGAUGAGGCUCAGCACAAUGCACACGAAGUUAGCCAUGGCCGGGUAAGGAAAAAAAAUUCAUUCCGGAGUGAGGGUGGUGUUUACAGUAGCUCUCCUCCAGCAUUCCAGCACAGUGCACCCGGAGAGGAGCUACAGUUGGUGAGGGAGGCCCUGCGUAGUUUGAGGGACAGCUUCUCAGGCCACGACCCCCAGCAUCACACCCUGGACACCUUGGAGCAGGGUGUGUCCAGUCUCAUGGACCGCCUGCACACAAUGGACUCCCAGCGACGACAGAACAGAGGGGAGGAGUUCAAAUCACCAGGUCGCAGAGCCAACUCUACAGAUCGGGACUCAUGGCCACCGAGUUCAAAAAUGGCACACUCCCACAGCAGCCCUGGCCUGGAUGCCUCCGUGUCCACUAAAGUGCUUUACUUCACUGAUCGCUCGCUCACACCGUUUCUGAUCAACAUCCCCAAAAGGUUAGGCGAAGUGACACUGCAAGACUUCAAGGCCGCUGUGGACAGACAAGGCAGCUUCAGAUACCACUUCAAAGCUCUCGACCCGGAGUUUGGCACCGUCAAGGAGGAGGUAUUCCAGGAUGGAGCCGUGGUGCCUGGCUGGGAAGGGAAGAUUGUAGCGUGGGUGGAAGAGGACCAUGGAGAGAGGAGGUAGAGGACAACAUUUAAAACAAUAAAACCCCUCAGUUGUGUCUACUGGACCAGGACUUGACUGGAAACACUUGGGACCAAUGGACUGAAAUAAACGCUUGAAUGUUUCGUGUCACGGAAUGCUCGUUAGACAGUUCACACCUCAUAAACAUCAAGUCUGUUAAUUAGCUUAAAGAAAUAACAGCGCUAAAGAUAAUGGAUGGAUGUUCACUGCCAUUUUCCAGGUUCACGAUUGCCAAAUAGUGAUGUUUGCCAUCAACUUCAAGCAAUGUCUAAAUAAAAAUGAAUUAUUGCAUGGAUCACGUUGCUGUCUGUCAUUC